AUGGAGCUGCGUCCACUCUGUGUGAUGAUCUUGCUUAUUUCACUUAUCCAAGUCGGACAAGUUCAAGAGUUUACCCCAGUUCUGUCUGCGCAGCCAAAUUUACCACAAAUAUUUAGUGGAGAGACAGUUACACUUACAUGUACUGUUCCUGGAGGGAGUUGGCUGUACAACUGGUACAAAGAUGGUGUUAAUGUUCACAGGUCUAAUGAAAAUACCUACAAUAUAAAAGUAUAUCAGAGCCACAAAUACGACUGUCAGGCAAGUAGGGAUGGAGGACAAGUGGCAUGGAGUAAUGAAGUGACUCUCUCAGUGAUAGAGAGACCAAAAGCCGUUCUGACUCUGCAGCCUGAUGGACAGAUAUUCAGUGGACAGGAAGUCACUUUCACAUGUGAAAUACCAGGACAUGCAGACACUGAGUGGACGUACAGCUGGUGUAAAGAUGGUGUCCAACUUUCCUCCUACAGUGUGAGCAGGAAAUAUUCAUUCAGUGCUGUAGAGUCUUCCAGCGGUAAAUACACCUGCAGUGGACAGAGAAAAGACGACUCUCAGACCUCAGAGACCAGCAACGCUGUUACACUCACUGUAUCAGCAAAACCCAAACCGACUGUAAGUGUGAUGUCUCAGAGCUCCGUCUACACUGGAGACAGAGUUACUCUGAGCUGUAAUCUGCAGUCUACUGGAUGGACUUUUCUCUGGUACAAAGAUCAGCAUCUUCUAUCCCAAGUAGCUAAAGACACCAACACACUCCAUGAUACAGUCUCUAAUGCAGGAGUAACAGUGUAUCAGUGUAAAGCACGCAGAGGAAACUACGACUCAGAGCUCAGUGAUCCAGUUACAGUUACAGUCAGAGAGAGACCAAAAGCCGUUCUGACUCUGCAGCCUGAUGGACAGAUAUUCAGUGGACAGGAAGUCACUUUCACGUGUGAAAUACCAGGACAUGCAGAUACUGAGUGGACGUACAUCUGGUAUAAAGAUGAUGUUCAACUUUCCUCCUACAGUGUGAACAGGAAAUAUUCAUUCAGUGCUGUAGAGUCUUCCAGCGGUAAAUACACCUGCAGUGGACGGAGAAAAGACGACUCUCAGACCUCAGAGACCAGCAAUGCUGUUAUACUCACUGUGUCAGCAAAACCCAAACCGACUGUAAGUGUGAUGUCUCAGAGCUCCGUCUACACUGGAGACAGAGUUACUCUGAGCUGUAAUCUGCAGUCUACUGGAUGGACUUUUCUCUGGUACAAAGAUCAGCCCCCUUUAUUCCAAGUAGUUAAAGACACCAACACACUCCAUGAUACAGUCUCUAAUGCAGGAGUAACAGUGUAUCAGUGUAAAGCACGCAGAGGAAACUACGACUCAGAGCUCAGUGAUCCAGUUACAGUUACAGUCAGAGAAAUCCCAAAACCUGUGGUGUCCAUAGAUCCUGAUAAUCAGGUGUACAGAGGAGAGACUGUCACUCUCAGAUGUGAUAUACAGGAUGAACAGAUCUCUUACUGGAACUACAGCUGGAAUAAAGAUGGUUCUGGUGUCAGUAGUGAACAGGAGUACAGAAUCAGUAGUGCUGAAAUGACACACACAGGUAAAUGCACCUGUAGAGGAAGAGAGAGAGGAGGCUCACACUCCUCACACACCAGUGAUGCUGUUACACUGACUGUAUCAGAAAAACGUAAACCUAAAAUCACAUCAGACCUUAAUGGAGCUGCACUGAUAGGAAACUCAGUGACUCUGACCUGUACACUGAAUCUGCAGUCUAAUGGGUGGAAGUUUUACUGGAUUAAAGACACACAGAGCACUAAGACUGAGACUGAAACACACUCCUACACCAUCAGAUCAGUUAGUGUCUCUGAUGGAGGUCAGUACAGGUGCAGAGCUGGAAGAGGAAACCCAGUCUACUACACACACUACAGUGAUGCACUCUGGGUAAAUGUUACUGAGUUGCCUAAAGCGGUGGUGACCAUAAAGCCUGAUAAUCAUGUGUUCAGAGGAGAGAGAGUGACUCUCAGGUGUGAAAUACAGGGAGGAGGAGACACUGAGUGGACAUACAGCUGGUAUAAGAAUGAUUACACACAAAACCCAUACCGCUUAUUACAGAACUUCAGCCUCAGCUCAGUUAGAAAUGAUAACGGGGGUAAAUACACCUGCAGAGGGAGGAGAAGCAGUGACUCUCAGAGCUCAGAGAUCAGUGAUGCUCUUACACUCACUGUAUCAGACCCAGCAGAGACAGUAGUGAGUGUGUCUCCACUGAGCUGGCUGACUGAAGGAGACUCAGUGACUCUAAGCUGUGAGGUUAAACACUCCUCUACAGGCUGGACAUUCAGCUGGUACACAGAUGUUCCCUACAGAGACAGUCAGGGUUCCCUCAGGUACAGGACAGCGCUCCUCUCAGACAGCAGCAGAGGAUCUGGAGGCUCCUACACUCUCAGUCCUGUUACUCUGAAUCACACAGGAGUUUAUAUGUGCAGAGCAGAGAGAGGAGAACCAGUCUUUCACACACACUACAGCAAACCACAGGCACUGUGGAUCACUGCUGAAUCUCUCUCAGUAUCUCUGAUCAUCAGUCCCAGCAGAACUCAACACUUUACUGCUGACUCUCUCUCACUGAGCUGUGAGGACCAGAGAGACUCUACUGGAUGGACAGUGAGAGGAUACACACACAGUGAGACACUGUACAAUUGUUCAUCAGUUUCAGGAUCUACAUGUAACAUCAGCUCCCUCUCUACAUCACACACUGGAGUUUACUGGUGUCAGUCUGAAUCUGGAGGACGCAGUAAUUCUCUUAACAUCACAGUGCACAAUGGUGAUGUGAUCCUGGAGAGUCCUGUCCAUCCUGUAACUGAGGGAAAUCCUCUGACUUUACGCUGUUUAUAUCACAACACAAACAUUUCAGACUCUGGUGCUGAUUUCUAUAAAGAUGAUUCAGUUCUCCAGAAGCAGACUACAGGAGAGAUGACCAUCAGUAGUGUCUCAAAGUCAGAUGAAGGUUUCUACCACUGUACACACCCAGAGAGAGGAGAGUCACCGAAAAGCUGGGUUUCAGUCAGAGUUUCAGGUUCUGGAUCCAAUGUUGUAAAAAUAGCUGUGGGACUGAGCUUGGCCUUGUUGUUCAUCAUGAUUUCAAUAAUUCUGCUGUGGAGGCUCAAAUCGAACAAAGUUACUGUAGAUAAUGAUGCUGGACCCACUGAUUUGACUUACAGCGAGAUUAUACCCAAGCCACUGAAAAAAAAAAGAAAAACUGGGAUCUGGGGCCUUAACGCAAUCCUCCUCGCAUACUUUCCUCUUCGGCGGCACGGCUGCAAAGACAGGCUCGGCGCGGGAGUGAAGGUGCCGUCCUCAGCACAGAGAUCUGAGGGCGGGAUUCCAGUGUCCUUUUUACAGUCCCUGGGGCACGUCAUAUCACCACACUCGCAUGCCACUCUCUCUUUUAUAAUGCUGGGCAAAAAUGGCAUCCGUGAGAGAGUUCAAAGGUGGCAAGCCUUGAAUAAGGGCUACUGGAAGAAGGUGGGGGUAAAAGGUGGGGGCCUCCACCUGAGGCUUGCUGGUGUGGCUGGGACCUCCACGAGGCGCUCGGCGAUGGCUGCUGCUGCUGGAACCUCCACGAGGCGGUCGGCGAUGGCUGCUGCUGCUGGAACCUCCACGAGGCGCUCGGCGAUGGCUGCUGCUGGAACCUCCACGAAGCACUCGGCGAUGGCUGCUGCUGCAGCGGUGGCCUCCACGUGA